AUGACAGGAAAUAUUUAUGUUGUAUCUAAUUCUAGAGUGUCCCCAAAGAAAACUGAGAAUGUAUCCCUGACGGCUAAACAACCUACAACAACAGAUGAAUCAACAAGACCAACAAAGACUGAGGUUUUAAAGGCACCCAUUUCAUCCGUGGCAAAGGAUCCAGUCAACACUAAACUCAUUGAAAGUACAAUUCCUGAAAGGAUGAUACCCCAAUCUAAAAAGAAGUCUGAAAAGGUGGAAGGUGAAGACAAAUUGUUUAAUGAUACUGAUACAUUUACGUCUCAAAAGAAUAAAAUACAUGGAACAGAAACAUUUAACUUAAAGGUUGAGAAAACUUUGCAUGAGGCAAAACAAAAGGAUCCUGUAAUGGCUAUGAAACAAGAAUCUGUCUCAGACAAACAUGCUCAAACUCUGCAAAAGAAUGUAAAGGAGGAUGAGAAAGAAGGGGAGAAAAAGUCACAAGAGAAGUUACAAGUUGAAUUUAACACGAGUAAUGAAAUUAUAAACAGGAUGAAGAUGGUUUUAAAAGAUGGCACUGCCACACAUGUUAAUAAUUAUAGGGAUAAAGUUAGCAGUAUUGGUGAGGAUGUGUGUACUGUUGUAAAACAAGACCAGGCCUGUUUUGAAGUCCCAAAAAUUCACUUAGAGUACAUAAAAGUGUCUACAGCGGAAGUAUCAUCAAACAAGGAAUUCAUGGCAGGUCACAAAAACCAACAUGAAGUGACAAAGAAGAAAAAUCUGAAAGGAAAGAAAGGAGCUGUCGUGACUGAAUUGGUGGGUGAAAAAGACUUUACAGAGACUUUACAAAAUAACUUACCAGUUAAGCCCCUUACAGUCCAAAAUGAACCCAAAACUGUGGAUAAUAUGAAAGGGCACAUUGAAAUGACAUGCAAAAAUACAUAUGAUGUUGGAAAAGAAAUCACACCACUUAAGAAAGACAGUCCAAGUAAAUUAGAAGCAGCUGAGACUCAAGAUAUAAAAAUCUAUGAUAAUAAACAACCCACACUGAACAGUGACAAAAGAAAGAAAGACCCUGUAUUAAGUCUGAGUGGUCAAAAUGAUGGUGAUUUGAAACUUAAUGAAAACAGAAGCAGCCUCAGAGGGAAGAAAGAAAGAAAUGUUGAAGCUUCUGAGACAAAACAGGGUGAUCAGACUGAUACAAACCAGUAUCAGCAAGAAACAAAAGGAAGUGCACGAUAUGAACAAGAGCAUGCUCAGUUAAGUCAACAGGACACAAGAAAAGAAGGGACAUUGUCCAAACCAGAGCCUACUCAGAGGAACAAGAAGGUGACUAGACCAGAAAUAUCAGCUAUUGCAGAUUAUGCUAGAUUGAAAGUUAUCUCUGCUGAAGACGAUACAAAAGAGAUUGAUUUAUUCCCUAAAACUGACUUCUACAACAGUUAUGAUCAGCCAGUUUUAAGAACUCAUAAAGAUUUAUAUGGAAAUGUGUCGGAUAUAGGGGGAGGAUCUAAAAGAGAUGUCAUUUCAAUGGAGAAAUGUCAAAAUCUCAAGCAAAAAACAUCACAACUUAAAAAACAAACAGAUAAAGAGAUGUUACCUCAAAAACAAAACCACUUGAUUCCCAGUACAGUUCAACUAAAACCUUUAUCACUGGUAGCUUCAGGUUCACAAGACGAAGCUGCAUCAAUGGGCACCAAACCAAGGGAUCUAACGAAUCAAAAGGAAUCAAACACUAAACCAACUUUCAUGGAGCAUCCAAACAGAAGAGAAGGGAACACAAUUUAUCAGUCCAAGAAUCCCCAAGUUGUACCAUUGCAAGCCGGCUGUACAAUAAGCAGAUCAAGACAAAUGACUCAUGACAAAACAACUGAAAAGGGCAAUCUUUCUCAUUAUGGAAGACAAGAAUCUCUUGCAAACUUUUCAUCGUCUGGCACUGUAAAAGCAGCAGACAACCUAAUAAAUAUGACAUCACCACCUGGAGAAGAAAUGGAAGAACUAAAAUAUUACACAGUGAAUGCACUUGACACUGAAAUCAAGCCAAAAGAAGCACCUGAACCACCUCCUCCAUGUCUCAAAAUGUCUCAAAACACAGACUCAGCUGAAAAAUCAGAGAAAGAAAAAAAAGACGACUCAUUUUUGCAAAGUCUAAUAGACUAUGGUAAAGUUCAUGCAAUAGGACCGCGAUCCAACUCUUCUUCUCCAGCCAUGGGGAAGCCCGUCAUGUUCAGAGUGAAGGAUAAUACCAUCAGAACAUCUUCUGUGACCAAAACCGUCAAGCCAUGUUUUCACAGGUCAUUAUCUGAAGACUUCAGGAUUGGCUCCCCAAAGGAACACUUGAGCGGAUCAGAGAAAGAAGAUGAAAUUCACCCCAAAGAGUCUGCUAACCCUCCAGUCAACCAUGAACUGACUAUUGCUGCCCAUUGGUUCCAUAAAUUGAAAGAGACACUCCACAAUAACUUGCCCUCAGCAGAAUAUGCAACAAAACAAUCAAAGAGCCAUCAGAGAAGGAGCCAACAUUUUGAGGAAGAAGAAACUCGUUCUGUCAUCAGCACAAUGUCAGAGGAUAUGGAGAACUGUACAGCAAGCCUCACAGAUGUGGCCAACAUAAGUGUAGCCUUCAUGCCCAAGCAUGAAAGUUACAGAGACACAUACCAAAGGCCUGCGUCCGCCUGCUACGAAAGACCAGAGUCAUCCUGCUAUGAAAGACCAGAAUCAGCCUGUAGUGAUAUGAGGCCAUUCGGAAAACCUCCAGCGGUGCCCACAAAAUCUGAAAAAGCUCUUCGGCGAGCACAAAGACUUACAACGAGGCGUAUGAAAAAGGCAGAGACCCCCAAGAUGGCACCUGAAAACCAAGAACAGCUAGAGUCCAAAUCAAUCAGAAAUGUCUCUGGUGUGCCCUCUUCACCUUCAGACACACUGUCAACACAUCUAGCAGUACAAGCCUCACCUCCUCUUUCACAGUAUGACAUCCAGCCAAAUUACACCCCCCCCAGCACACAGUAUAGUCGCCCAACCUUUCCCCGUGACACAGAGAAAGCUUUUGCAAGACCCAAACUCAGGGCAGUACUUCAUGGUGGAUGUACCACUACCGGUUAA